AUGGUGGCAGCCGGAGGCUUCCUGCCCCCAUCAUGGUGGCAGCCGGAGGCUUCCUGCCCCCAUCAUGGUGGCAGCCGGGGGCUUCCUGCCCCCAUCAUGGUGGCAGCCGGGGGCUUCCUGUCUUCGUCAUGGUGGCAGCCGGGGGCUUCCUGCCCCCAUCAUGGUGGCAGCCGGGGGCUUCCUGUCUUCGUCAUGGUGGCAGCCGGGGGCUUCCUGCCCCCAUCAUGGUGGCAGCCGGGGGCUUCCUGUCCCCGUCAUGGUGGCAGCCGGGGGCUUCCUGCCCCCAUCAUGGUGGCAGCCGGGGGCUUCCUGUCCCCGUCAUGGUGGCAGCCGGGGGCUUCCUGUCCCCGUCAUGGUGGCAGCCGGGGGCUUCCUGCCCCCAUCAUGGUGGCAGUCGGGGGCUUCCUGUCCCCGUCAUGGUGGCAGCCGGGGGCUUCCUGUCCCCGUCAUGGUGGCAGCCGGGGGCUUCCUGCCCCCAUCAUGGUGGCAGCCGGGGGCUUCCUGUCCCCGUCAUGGUGGCAGCCGGGGGCUUCCUGUCCCCGUCAUGGUGGCAGCCGGGGGCUUCCUGUCCCCGUCAUGGUGGCAGCCGGGGCUUCCUGUCCCCAUCAUGGUGGCAGCCGGGGGCUUCCUGUCCCCGUCAUGGUGGCAGCCGGGAGCUUCCUGUCCCCGUCAUGGUGGCAGCCGGGGGCUUCCUGUCCCCGUCAUGGUGGCAGCCGGGGGCUUCCUGCCCCCAUCAUGGUGGCAGCCGAGGGCUUCCUGUCCCCGUCAUGGUGGCAGCCGGGGGCUUCCUUCCCCCAUCAUGGUGGCAGCCGGGGGCUUCCUGCCCCCAUCAUGGUGGCAGCCGGGGGCUUCCUGCCCCCAUCAUGGUGGCAGCCGGGGGCUUCCUGCCCCCAUCAUGGUGGCAGCCGGGGCUUCCUGCCCCCAUCAUGGUGGCAGCCGGGGCUUCCUGCCCCCAUCAUGGUGGCAGCCGGGGCUUCCUGCCCCCAUCAUGGUGGCAGCCGGGGGCUUCCUGCCCCCAUCAUGGUGGCAGCCGGGGGCUUCCUGCCCCCAUCAUGGUGGCAGCCGGGGGCUUCCUGCCCCCAUCAUGGUGGCAGCCGGGGGCUUCCUGCCCCCAUCAUGGUGGCAGCCGGGGGCUUCCUGCCCCCAUCAUGGUGGCAGCCGGGGGCUUCCUACAGCACAGUGCUCAAGCAAAAUGCACGAGGCAUUUCAUAG